GAAAUUGGAGUUUGGAACAAACAAGUGUGGCAAGGAAGUUGAAUCACAUAAAGAAGCUGGAGAAGGUAAACCUUGUAAUAUGAACAGGUGUAGCAAGGCAGAUGAAUCGCAUGAAGAAGAUCAAGGAGAAGAUAAACCUUGUAACAUGAACAGAAAGAGGCAGUCAUACUGUCUUGGCCCUUCUAAUAUUCAACCAGUCCAAGUCAAGGAGGGGGUAGAGAAUAAAAGGGUUUGUUUAAGAAGGCAAUCUGCUAGGCGUAAAGCACAAGAACCAGAAACAACUGAAGACACAUUUGUGGUAGAUGAUUCAAAAUUUCUUGCUUCUUCUACCAGUGAUGAUAAGGUUCUUGAGUGUGGCCCUUCCAAUAUCAAACCAUUCGAAGCCAAGGAGGGGAUUGACAACACAAGGGCGUGUUUAAGAAGGCAAUCUGCUAGGUUUAAAGCACAAGAACCAGAAACGAAUAAAGAUGUGUUUGAGGUAGACGAAUUGAGAUUUCUCGUUUCUUCGACUAGCAAUGAUCAGGUGCCCGACAGUGGCCAACUGUCAUCUGACGAUUCAUCGAUCAAAAGCGAACACAAAGAAGGAAAUACGACAGUUUCAUCUAGAACUGAAGCACAAGAACUCAGGAGGGUGUCUGCAGGAAGGCCUUUACGACGAGCAGUCAAGAAGGUCCAGUCCUACAAGGAAAUGAAGCUUAAUGUGAAGAUGCGCAUACAAGAGUGA